CGCCAGGCCCGCGCCUGCCCCAGACCCUAUAAGGCCUGGGGGCUGAGAGCAGAGCCAGCUGCCAGCUGCACCACCCGUUGCUCUGCGGAAGUCUCCCACAGACCAGCUGCUUAAAAUAUUACCAUGUCUGCUGAAGAUGAAGGAGGCCGGGAUCCCCUCAAACCCAAGGGCAAGACCCUGGGAAGUUUCUUGGAGUCCCUGCCUGGCUUCAGUUCUGCCCGGAACCUGAUGGCCGGCGUCCAUGGUUCAGCGAGAGAGGCCCAGCCAGUCACCGAUCCUGCAGGGGCUUCCGCCCAGCCCCAGGCGCAGGCAGCCACCGACCCGGAGCAGACGGCCAGUGGAGAGAAGCUGUCGCCACCUUCCGACAAGGUGAUCUCCGGGGCAAAGGACCUGGUGUACUCCAAGAUGACCAAGACCAAGGACGCCAUCUCCUCUGGGGUGGCAACCAUGGUGGACACAGCCAAAGGCGUGGUCCAGGGAGGCCUGGGAGUGACCCGCUCUGCGUUCACAGGCACCAAGGAGGCUGUGGCCAGCGGGGUCACGGGGGCAGUGGGUGUGGCCAAGGGGGCCGUCCAAGGGGGUCUGGACACCUCACAGGCUGUCCUGACAGGUGCCAAGGACACCGUGUCCACGGGCCUCACUGGGGCACUGGGUAUGGCCAAGGGCACUGUCCAGACUGGCGUGGACACCACCAAGACUGUGCUGACUGGCACCAAGGACACUGUCAGCAGUGGGGUGACCGGAGCCGUUAAUGUGGCCAAGGGCACUGUCCAGACUGGCGUGGACACCACCAAGACUGUGCUGACCGGCACCAAGGACACCGUCAGCAGUGGGGUGACCAGAGCCAUUAAUGUGGCUAAAGGGGCUGUCCAGACAGGAGUGGACACCUCAAAGACCAUCCUGACAGGCACCAAGGACACAGUGUCCACUGGCCUCACUGGGGCACUGGGUAUGGCCAAGGGCACUGUCCAGACUGGCGUGGACACCACCAAGACUGUGCUGACCGGCACCAAGGACACCGUCAGCAGUGGGGUGACCGGAGCCUUUAAUGUGGCCAAAGGGGCCUUCCAGACGGGCGUGGACACCACCAAGACUGUGCUGACCGGCACCAAGGACACCGUCAGCAGUGGGGUGACCGGAGCCGUUAAUGUGGCCAAGGGGGCCGUCCAGACGGGCGUGGACACCACCAAGACUGUGCUGACCGGCACCAAGGACACCGUCAGCAGUGGGGUGACCGGAGCCUUUAAUGUGGCCAAGGGGGCCGUACAGACGGGCGUGGACACCUCGAAGGCCAUCCUGACCGGCACCAAGGACACAGUGUCCGCUGGCCUCACUGGGGCACUGGGUAUGGCCAAGGGCACUGUCCAGACUGGCGUGGACACCACCAAGACUGUGCUGACCGGCACCAAGGACACCGUCAGCAGUGGGGUGACCGGAGCCUUUAAUGUGGCCAAAGGGGCCGUCCAGACGGGCGUGGACACUUCGAAGGCCAUCCUGACAGGCACCAAGGACACAGUGUCCACUGGCCUCACUGGGGCACUGGGUAUGGCCAAGGGCACCGUCCAGACGGGCGUGGACACCACCAAGACUGUGCUGACUGGUACCAAGGACACAGUGUCCGCUGGCCUCACUGGGGCACUGGGUAUGGCCAAGGGCACUGUCCAGACUGGCGUGGACACCACCAAGACUGUGCUGACCGGCACCAAGGACACCGUCAGCAGUGGAAUGACCGGAGCUGUUAAUGUGGCCAAGGGGGCCGUCCAGACGGGCAUGGACACCACCAAGACUGUGCUGACCGGCACCAAGGACACCGUCAGCAGUGGGGUGACCGGAGCCUUUAAUGUGGCCAAAGGGGCCGUCCAGAUGGGCGUGGACACCUCGAAGGCCAUCCUGACAGGCACCAAGGACACAGUGUCCACUGGCCUCACUGGGGCACUGGGUAUGGCCAAGGGCACCGUCCAGACGGGCGUGGACACCACCAAGACUGUGCUGACUGGUACCAAGGACACAGUGUCCGCUGGCCUCACUGGGGCACUGGGUAUGGCCAAGGGCACUGUCCAGACUGGCGUGGACACCACCAAGACUGUGCUGACCGGCACCAAGGACACCGUCAGCAGUGGAAUGACCGGAGCUGUUAAUGUGGCCAAGGGGGCCAUCCAGACGGGCAUGGACACCACCAAGACUGUGCUGACCGGCACCAAGGACACCGUCAGCAGUGGGGUGACCGGAGCCUUUAAUGUGGCCAAAGGGGCCGUCCAGACGGGCGUGGACACCUCGAAGGCCAUCCUGACAGGCACCAAGGACACAGUGUCCACUGGCCUCACUGGGGCACUGGGUAUGGCCAAGGGCACCGUCCAGACGGGCGUGGACACCACCAAGACUGUACUGACCGGCACCAAGGACACCGUCAGCAGUGGAAUGACCGGAGCUGUUAAUGUGGCCAAGGGCACCGUCCAGACGGGCGUGGACACCACCAAGACUGUACUGACCGGCACCAAGGACACUGUCUAUCAUGGGGUGACUGGAGCCCUUAAUGUGGCCAAGGGGGCCGUCCAGACGGGAGUGGACACCUCGAAGGCUGUCCUGACAGGCACCAGGGACACAAUGUCCGCUGGGCUCAUGGGGGCAGUGAACACAGCCAAAGGAGCUGUGCAAACUGGGCUAAAUACGACCCAAAAUAUCGCCUCGGGCACAAAGAACACGGUCUACGCGGGAGUGACCGGAGCUGUUAAUGUGGCCAAGGGGGCUGUCCAAGGGGGUCUGGAUACUUCCAAGACCGUCCUGACAGGCACCAAGGACACAGUGUCUGCUGGCCUCACGGGGGCACUGGGUAUGGCCAAGGGCACCGUCCAGACUGGCGUGGACACCUCAAAGGCCGUCCUGACAGGCACCAGGGACACAGUGUCCACUGGGCUCAUGCAGGCAGGGAAUGUAGCCAAAGGUGCCAUGCAGACUGGUGUUGGCACCAUCCAGAAUUGGUUACCUGGCACCCAGGACACUGUCUGGAGUGGCCCCAGCAGUUACGGGGCCGUGGACGUGGGAGGGCAGCAGACAGUGCUGACAUCCCCGGAGGCUCUGUCCUCAGGGGUCUCAAGGUCCCUGGAUACUGUCUGUGCAGGCCUGCACCUUGCUGGGGAAGCCAGCAGUGGAGCCAAAGGCUUUGAGCCUGCCGUGACAACACUCAGCCAAGCGGCUCCCCUGGGCCGGGCGGAUGCAGGGCAUGUGGCCCCCACACCUGGCCAGGAAGGUGCCACGGGCUUCGUGAUGCUCCAGGACGAGUUGGAGGGGCUGGGGGACAUCUUCCACCCCAUGGAUGCCGAGGAGCAAGCUCAGCUGGCUGCUUCUGAACCUGGGCCGAGGGUGCUCACAGCCGACCGUGCCAGCUAUUUUGUGCGUUUGGGUGACGUGGCGCCCUGCUUCCGCCAGCGGGCUUUUGAGCACGCCCUGAGCCACCUGCAGCACGGCCAGUUCCAGGCCAGGGCCACACUGGCCCAGCUUGAGGACUCCUUCGGGCUGGUGCCAGAUGCAGGGGCUCUGUCCAGGGCCCGCGGCCUCCUCCAGCAGCUCCACGUGGCUUGCAGCACCCUGGCCUCCGGUCUCCAGGGCCUCCCGGCCGAGCUCCAGCAGCAGGUUGGGCGGGCGCGGCAAAGCAUCUGCGAGCUCUAUGGUGUCAUGUCCUCUGCCGGCUCCGCGGCAGAGCUGCCAGCUGAGCGCCUGGCCCAGGCCCGCGACAGCUUAGGCCGGGCAUGGGAGGGUCUGGAGCGGAUGCUGGAGGGUGUGCAGCACCAGCCCCCGCUCAGCUGGUUGGUGGGGCCCUUCGCCUUGGCCCCCGGCGGGCAGCAGCUGUAGGUCCCCGCAGUGGAGCCCUCUCCCCAGCCCCAGCCCAGCUCCAGCUCCCCACACCCUGCGGACUGGUGCUGGCUGGUGCCAGUGGGGACGUCAAGGACUUUCGAUUCAGCCAGGCCAUGUGCCUGGCUUGGGGCCGCCUGCACCAGCCACCCUGAGCACGCUGGCCCUUCUCGAGGGCUGCAGAAGGCCAUCACCUGAAGACCUUCAAUUAAGGGAGAAGUGGAAAUGUGCCUAAGCCUACAAAGUUCUCCAUUCAGCACUUUAUCUUUAGGGGUCUCCGCCCCACAGCCUGGGUCCUUUAGCUACCAGCUUAGCAGGAGGCUGCCUCCUCCGUCCCUGCUCUGAAAGCAGCCCUGGCCCUCAGCAAACCACAUGCCCCUGCAGCAGAAUGUACCAGAAUGUGCCAGAACGCCACCAUCACUGUGAGGCAGCUCCCACCCACUGCCUCAGCUGACACCCGAUGGGCCAAGGGGGUCUAGGGGAAAAAGCCACAGCAGCCACCAAGGAGACCUUGCACUGGUCUGGCUUGAGAUCUGGAUCACGGCUUACAAGCCCCUUUCCGGCCCCGCCCACUUGUGCCAAUCACAGAUAUGGCCCCGGGGCUGAGGCUCUGUGGUUCCUGGGGGCACCUGGGCCCAGAGGCUGCUGAUGAAGGACUAAAAGGGCUUCCCACAGGGGAUGGGGCCCUAGGGGGCAUGUGGCAAACAUGGUCCUGUUCCCCAGCUCCCCCUGGGUCAUCAGUGCGGCCCUGCGAGGUGGCUAUACCAGGGGCCUUGCCUGCCCUCCAGCCGAGGGGGACGCAGCAGCCAAGCCUUGUCAAGCCCACAGCCCACAUCUGUUUGUCUCCCUGGCUGGGGGCCUCCAGCACCCCCCACUGUGCCCCCUUCACAGAAGUGGCGCUCCGAGCUCCAGGUCGGAUGGGCCAGUUCUCCCGAGGGUCACCAUGGCCCCCAGGAGCCAGGCACCCACGGAGCUGGCCAUGGAGACACGGGAGAUGAGUAAGGGGACAGCUCCAGUCUGUCCAUCUUCAGUAUUCACCAAAGGACGUCAGAAGCGGUCACACUGCGGUCAUUCACAAAAACAGCGUGGUGACCUGGCCUCGUCCGGCCAAACCAAAUGGGGGGUGCCUGGCCGUGGGACUCCCACACCACACCCUGGCCUCUCCCCCAGCUGGGGCAGCGGGACUCGGCUGUGGGCAGGCCAGGGGACACACAGUACACGCUACUGUCCAACCAGCAAACUGCCACGUGCAGGCGCCGCCUGGCUGGGAGCGGCACGUACACCCCCCUUCUGAAUCCACAUGGCAGCCUCGAGAGGCUGGGGUCGGCCCCCACACGGGUGAGGGAAGGCAAGGGAGUGGGAGUGACAUGUGCCCAGGGUCACACAGCCAGCCUGUCCCUGCAACUCAUGCCCCUUCAGAGUUAAGGACAACAGAGCCCCUAGCAUGCUCCCUGCUCGAGGGCCCGGACGCCCGGAGCUGGUGCUGCUAGGGACUCUGGGUCUUGCCUCAGGGGUCAACGGGAACGGGAAACAUGUGAGUGGGCGGCGGAGGCAGCGGCUUCCAGGGAAGCGUGGCCUCGCCCGCCUGGGCACUGGGCUGCCAGGCGUCUCAGCUCCACUGUCCUUCAUGGUCAGCUCUGCAGGGCCGGCCAGGCUGGACCCAGCACUGUUAGAACCAAGUUCACAUCUGUUCUUAAUCAUGACACUGUGGCUUUAAACUGUCCCCAGAUGGGUCCCUGACAGCUGCCUAUUGCUUCCCAGCUCUGGCCCAGCUGCACCCAUAACAAGAGAAAACCAACCAAUAAAAGUGAUUCUUUUUUCAUUAAAAAAAAAAA